AUGCUUAGUCCUGAAGGAGAAAUUAAAAUAAGUUUUGGUUAUAAAUGCAAUAAUAAUAGAGGUAUUUCUAACGAGAUCGCUAAUGGGUACAAAAAUCUUCCCGAAAUCCGUAGAACAAGUAGUUUCUCUUGUUUAUCUGGUGCAGCCUUGAGUGCAAAUGCUACACUAGCCAACACAAACAUCUGCAAUGGUAAGAUAGGUGGAGAGAUCCUUCCAAGUUGGGACUCUCCUAAUUCGUUUCGUAGAGUACCUUCUUCGCCAAGUCUUUCACGGUUCGGUAGACUAUCGUCUUCCCUCCCAAGUAGUCUCUCUUACCUUAGUUGCAGUCCAUCAACAGCUAGUGACAGCCUUGAAUACGAGUUGAAAUCUGCGAGUGAUCGAUCCAGUAGCGACGGAUUUCUUAUUGCCACAGAAGUUCAAGUAGCAGGAGGAGCUGCGGGCGAAGAUAGAGUUCAAGCUGUUUGUUCUGAAGAAAAUGGCUGGCUCUUUUGUGCAAUUUAUGAUGGUUUUAAUGGAAGAGAUGCUGCAGAUUUUUUAGCAGGUACACUUUACGACACCAUCAUAUCUUAUCUAGAUAAGUUAAUUUGGGAAUUGGAGCCAGGUUCCAUCACAGCUUCCAAUCACGCGGAUUUGGGAGAAUUCUUUCGAUAUAAGUUGGAAGAUAGUGUUCAUUGUCACGAGGAUCGUUCUCUGGCGCGCGGAGUACUUGAUAGCCUCGAACAUGCUCUCAGUCAGGCUGAGAACGAUUUCUUAUACAUGGUUGAGCAGGAAAUGGUGGAACGUCCGGAUUUAGUUUCGAUUGGAUCUUGUGUUCUGCUUUUGCUUCUUCAUGGUAAUGAUUUGUAUACUUUGAAUCUCGGCGACAGUAGAGCAGUAUUGGCGACAUGCAGUAACAGUGACAGAACGAAUAAGAGUGAGAAACUCAAGGCUAUACAGCUUACAGAUAAUCACACUGUCGAUAAUGAAGCUGAAAGAGCCAGACUCAUGGCCGAACAUCCCGAUGAUCCUAAGGUCGUCAUAGCAGGAAAAGUGAAAGGUAAAUUGCAGGUUACUCGCGCAUUCGGAGUUGGCUACUUAAAAAAGAAAAAUCUGAAUGAUGCUUUGAUGGGAAUCCUAAGAGUUCACGACCUUACGAGUCCACCAUAUGUUUCCACUCAACCAUCACUAAAUGUCCAUAAAAUAUCGAAUUCGGAUCAAUUUGUUAUAGUAGGAAGUGAUGGAUUGUUCGACUUCUUCAGCAAUGAAGAGGCGGUGAAGCUUGUAGAGUCUUACAUCUUAAGCAAUCCUUUUGGUGAUCCUGCAAAGUUUCUCAUAGAGAAACUUGUAGCUAGAGCAGCUAAUUCCGCAGGUUUCAGCAUGGAAGAGUUGAUGAAUGUUCCGGCCGGGAGGAGAAGAAAGUACCAUGAUGAUGUUACUGUAAUAGUGGUCAUGCUAGGGAUGAACCAACGGACUUCAAAAGCUUCAACUUGUAUUUAA